AUGUCGGCAGAAGAAACCGCUCUGCGCACAAAGGAAGCGGUGAAUCGUAUUCUGGAGGCCAAGCUCGGCGGGGGUAAAUCCAAGAAGGAGAGUUCUCCCACGUUUGUGCGAUAUACUCCAACAUCUGCGUUCGAUGAAGGCGAGUCAAAACAGAGAAUAAUCAAAAUAACAGACAAAGAAUUGGAUCCUACGGUUCCAAAUGAACUGCGAAUUCGAAAGAUUCCACAGGGAGCAGAUGAAGAGCCUGUCCCCGUGAUGCACGAGGAAACUACUCCGAAAUUGACUAAAGAGGACCAGCGAAAGUGGUACAUCCCACCGGCGGUGUCCAACUGGAAAAACACCAAGGGGUUCACCAUCGACAUCGAUAAACGAUUGGCAGCCGUCGGAGAGACUCAAGUUGGCGAAAUGAGCGACAAGUUUGGCGAUUUGAGCGACGCUUUGAAGGAAGCAAAUGAGCAGGCUAAAAAGGAGCUCAAGCUGCGUGCAAAGCUUAAAAACCAGUUGGACCAGCAGAAAUUGGUGGAAAACCAAGAGAAACUGCGUGCUGUUGCCCAAGAAUCCCGAGCUGGUGGCAAACGAAGCAAGUGGGAUGACGAUGAGCCAAAAGAAGUGGCUCAACUUGCAAGCAGACGGGAGCAGGCCCGUGCUGAAAGACGUCGUCGUGCUGAGCAGGAGCUGCGCAGAAGCAAGAUGGGUACAGAGACAAAGGUGAAAGUGCUUGCUUCGGAGGACGGAAGAGAUAUUAGCGAGCGGGUCGCUUUGGGUGUGGCUACAAGAGAACAGGAAUCCAAAAACCCGCAAAACUUUUACGAUUCCCGUUUGUAUCUCAAAGGUGCUGCCUCGAAUGUGCGUCGGAGCGACGAUCAGCUCUAUGACGCGCCGCUGUUCAAUGCCCAAGACGCUCUGAACGACGUUUACAGAGCCAGAAGCGGGGCAGACUUCCAAGGAGAGCUGGACAGACCUUCUGUGGGCGCAGCCAAAGGCCGAUCCGGAAACGAACCAAUCCAGUUCGAAAAGGACAAAGACGACUCCAAGCCUGCUUCGAACGACGAGUACGGGCUCAAGAAGCGCAAGCUGGAGUAA